AUGUCGGAGAAAGAGAACUGCGUCCGCGUCACGCGCGCAAUGAAGCGGAAGGCCGAAGAAGCCGCAGCCGCCGUCGAGCGAACGCCGAACAAGAAGCGCGUCGUGCUGGGCGAGCUUCCCAGGCUCCAAAACGCCGCAGCUCCGAACCCUGUUGAGCCGCAGAAGCGGAAAUGCAGCACUAAAUCCCGGGCCGCGAAAAAACCGCGGCCAAUCCCGGAACUCGCGCCGCCGAAGACAGAGGAGGUCGAAACGACGCCGUCAGAUCCCCAAAUGUGCGAGCCUUAUGCUCGCGACAUUUACGAGUAUCUCCACAAGCUAGAGGUGGAUCCAAAUAGAAGGCCUUUGCCGGAUUACAUUGCGAAGGUUCAGAAGGAUAUCACUGCAAAUAUGAGAGGAGUGUUGGUGGACUGGUUGGUGGAAGUUGCUGAGGAAUACAAGCUCCUUCCUGAUACUCUCUACCUCACCGUUUCGUAUGUCGAUAGGUUCCUUUCUUUCAAUGCUCUCAAUCGGAAAAUGCUUCAAUUACUUGGUGUUUCUUCAAUGCUCGUCGCUUCGAAGUAUGAGGAGAUCACACCUCCACAUGUGGAAGAAUUGUGUUACAUAACAGAUAAUACAUACACUAAGGAAGAUGUGUGCAAAAUGGAGGCUGAUAUACUUAAGGUCUUGAAGUUUGAAUUGGGCAAUCCUACAAUAAAGACAAUUUUAAGGAGAUUCAAUAGAGUUGCUGAAGAGGGCAACAAAGAUCCUGAUCUGCAUUUUGAAUUUCUGGGCUACUACCUUGCAGAGCUAAGCUUGUUAGACUACAACUGUGUCAAAUUUUUGCCUUCUUUGGUGGCUGCAUCUGUUGUAUUUCUUACAAGAUUUAUCAUCCAACCAAGGAUGAAUCCAUGGACUUCAUCGCUGCAACAAUAUUCAGGAUAUAAACCAUCUGAGUUGAAAGAAUGUGUCCUUAUCAUACAUGACUUGUAUUUGGGUAGACGAGGAGGGUCUCUGCAAGCUAUAAGAGAAAAGUACAAAAGACAUAAGUUCAAAUGUGUGGCAGUGAUGCCUUCUCCUCCAGAGGUACCUGCAUACUUUUUUGAAGAUGUUAUAGAAUGA